CUGUGUUAAAGAUAAAAUAGCGUAAACUGGGCCGUCGCGUGAGUCUCCAGCAAUGUUCGUUACGAUAUUGUCAGGGUUUAUAAGAAGCAUUCUUUUUAAAUACUGUAACGCUUGUUUGUGGCCUUUACAAACGGAAAAAUGUCUGUAAUAAACUCAUUGGAAAUUUGUACAGUACUAUUUAUUGUUUUAUGUAAUUACUGUCAAGCGUGGAAUAGCGGUUUACAAGAAAGAUACGAUGGAUAUGGAGAAGACUGGAUUUUUAUGCCUGAUGGAAACGAUCAACCACAAGUAGCAGUAUUAAAAGAAACCGAAGAAGAUAUACGAGGAAUUUUUGACGAAUCGCAAAUCUCUUAUAUCCUUUACACUCGAUCUGGUCCAGAAAAUGGUACUCAAUUGCAUACGAACGAUACUAUGGGAUUAUCGAAAUCUGAUUUCAAUCCCUCUCGAAAAACAAAAUUGAUAACACACGGGUGGAAGUCGAGCGCAAUGAGCACUGGCCUUCUCAACAUGAAAGAAGAAUAUUUAAAAUACAAUGAUUAUAAUGUCAUUUUGGUUGACUGGCAACCUCUGGCUGCGAGCACGUUUUAUCUGGGACCAAUGCGUAAUACAGAAAGAGUAGGAAAAACGGCCGCUGAAUUUAUUGACUUUUUAGUCGUUGAAACUGGUGUCAAAACCAAAGAUAUUCAUUUUCUUGGUCAUUCACUUGGAGCCCACGUAGCUGGAAAUGCCGGAAGUUCGAUAACUUCCGGUAAGUUAGGAAGAAUAACCGGUUUGGAUCCUGCUUUACCUGGAUUUCAUUUACUUACAUCCGAUAAAACUCGAUUAGAUUCUACAGACGCGGCGUUUGUCGAUAUUAUUCAUUCCUGUGGUGGAGUGUUAGGGUUUUUGCAACCUUUAGGUAGCGUGGAUUUCUAUCCAAACGCAGGAACAGCAGUUCAACCUGGUUGUUGUUGUUUACCGGAAGUAAUAGAAUCGUGUAGUCAUGGUCGAGCCUAUGUGUAUUUCAGUGAAAGUAUUGGCUCUAAAGUAGGAUUUACGGCACAUAAAUGCGAUACUUGGGAUCAAUUUAUGCAAGGCAGUUGUGACCAGACUAAAACUGUGUUAAUGGGAGAGCAUGUUAGACAAACGGCUACUGGAACAUACUUUCUUAGAACACGAUCCGAACCGCCAUAUGCCAAAUUAACAGAAAUAACAAAUAACAUGGUUUAAAUAUAUAUGUAUAAUAAAAGUGACUCAAUAUAUGUCAGAUAUCUAAUGCAAAAUAUUUCAUUUUAAUAAAUAAUAAUUACAGUA